UUCAGUCGUGCGUGGAAUAAGUUUUUGUUUGACUAUGUUGGGUCAAUAUUUGCAACAUUUGCUGGCUCAGGCUGCCCCCACACAGGCCAUUACCAGGUAGUGCAUAUUUUAGUCUAAUAUCUGAAACCCACCUGAGUAGAGACAUUCCCUCUGCCUCAUCUUUAUAAAUUACAUCUAUCAGAGAUUAAGCAAGUUAAAAGACAGAAGCUAGAGAUGGGUGAGAUCAAAGCCAGACACGUAAUCCUCCUCUCUAUCAUGUUCCUCAUCUUCUUCUCCCAUACUCUUCUUUUGUGUUCAGCUAACGAGCAUGGCUCAAGGAACCUUGCCGUGGUCAUGAGAAAACGGGUGAGAUAUAGAGGGUCUCGCUCACGCAACUCAACAUCCUCAGCUUCAACUAUGACGUUCCCAAGCUCCUUCCAUAUGGGCGCUGCUUCCUCUUUCGUCCUCGCUCUCCUUUUAUAGCUUAUGUUUGUAUAUGAUUGUGAUUUAAAGAAAAAAAGUGAUUGCAUUUUAUGUUUUUCUUGUAUGUUGAAUUGAUUGUGUAAAUAUAUCAAAUGGUCUCAAACUCUGUCAAUAACUCAUGUGUUCCAUUACAUAUUCUUCCUUGUCAAUGAUAAAAACAAAAGUACACUUGUCUUCUCAGUUGUCCCUAUAUUUACAUAUGUGUUCAUUGCAUGAUUCUUUAAGCACCUCUUUAAGAGCCUGCCUGGUCACUACAGUGGUGACUUCUGAUCUUGUUGAGACCGAACGACGGACCGAGAUGACUCUAGCUAGUACGAGAGAAAAGAUCGAACGAAGUUGUCUUUUCAACACGUCACC